AUGACGGGACACUCGGAGGAUGAGACAAAAUCUCUGUCUGUGAAGGAUGUGAAGGAAAAACGGGUCUCAUUCCCGCCCGAUGAGGAGAUGGUGUCUGACUUUGUGGAGAGAAGAGCUGAACUUCAUCAGGCUGACAGUCUCACUCUGACAGAUAUAAUUCUGGCCUACAAGCAGAGCUGUGAAAAGCACCACGUGAAUCCAAACCCAAAGGCUCUUGAUCAAUUAAAGCAAAUUACCUGUGUUACCGACAGAGCCAGAUGUUUUGACCUGUCUGCGGUUAUUGAUACCAGCAGAAGUGAGCUUGAAGUGCGGGUCAGCAUGUUCUGGCUUCCUGCGCCCUGUCACGCACUGAUGCCAUCUAACUCCAAGUCUCAGUGUCAUUAUCUGCACAUGGCAGAGGGGAUUAGAAAAAUGGGAUUUCUGAUCCCCCCUUCCUAUGGUGAACGGUUAGAUUAUUGCUCCUGCGAAUCUCUUGAAGAGAUCCUGAAAUCAGUGCAGUUUGAUUUUAUCAGUCUGCAGGGGACCGAGCUUGAGGAAAAUGGAGCAUCAUCUUUGCUAGAUAUGGUUUUGUACUACGAAUCGGCAACACACCUCGAUGUUUCUGCAAACUCAGGCAUGGGUUUCUCCGGUUGGCUUUCACUGUCACAUCUCCUCAGACAGAGUGGAUGCCUGUGGAGGCUGGAUGCUUGCAACAUGCCCAUGGUGGACUACGCUGCGCAGGCCUUGUCAAAAGCCCUUCUCACCAGCAGGCUGACAGUGUUACACCUUGAAAACACCUGCCUGAGCGGCAAACCUCUCUUCACACUUGUCGGUGCUCUGAAAAGGAACGUGGCUUUGCAGGAGCUUUACCUCUCUGAAAACAACCUCAACGGCUAUCAGGACUCCAUGCAAGUUGCCGACCUGCUCAAAUUCAACAGCACUCUUAAAACCUUGGACCUAAGCAACAAUGCCACGUCUGACUCAGGUUUGGAGGAGAUUUGCGAUGCUUUGAGCUUUCAGAAGACUGGUUUGAGAACGCUGAUACUGAGCAACAAUCACAUCACUCAUCUUGGCAUGAGCCAUCUACAGAACGUUCUGCCCCGGUUAAACUCACUUGAAACGUUAAACCUUGGCAAAAACAACCUUGAGAACAGAGGCAUUCACAUGUUAAAGGAGUCCCUCAUGAUCAAUCGCUCUUUAUUGCAACUUGGCCUAGCCGCCACAGGAAUAACAUGCGAAGGUGCUGUGACUUUGGCUGAGAUUCUCGCAGAGAGUCCACAGAUCCAGCGUUUGGAUGUUCGGCAGAACCAGGUGCUUGCUGGAGGCCUCAUGGCUCUAUCACUGGCCCUAAAAAUCAACCGUUCACUCAUCAGACUGGAUCUGGACCAACACCUGAAAGAGGAGAAGGACGACUUCCUGAUGGAAACGCAGAAGACUCUGCUGAGCAGGAUCUCCGAUCUGUGCGCAGCAAACGCGACGGCUGCCAAGGGCACGAAUCUCCAGCCUGCUCCUCCAGACCCACCGGACUGCACAGAGACCACCGAUGCGCUUCCCACCUAUAGUCUAGAAGACGUAUAAGCAUAAUAAUUCUACAGCAAAUAACGAUAACCAUAAAACUCCAAAUCCCGGUAAUAAAGCCGAAGCUUUUCUCCCUAAUGAAACAGUGGCCCUCCUGCUGUUUCCUGCCUAAUGUUCCCGCCGAGGCUUCCUCCACUUUCCAUAAAGCAAUUUUGCAAGCCCACUCCCAACGUGAAUCAUCUGGAAAGGAAGAGAAGCCUCUCCCUCCAUCUCUCCUCGUGUCCCCGGAGGGUGACGCUGACUAAAUCUGUGUUGAUACAGAGGUGUGCUCUAAAUCCUGUUUGCUCGGGCUCCAUCUCCCCUAAUAUUCACACUCGUGUAUGAGGCCCCUUCCCUGCCUGCGUCUGCUAAUGUGGCGUAUCGU